GAGUACGAGGAGAGUGAGGCUAAUAUGCCAGUCGUGAGCGCGAUUCCGUCGCGCCGCGUACUUGAGGAGCCGCACGCGGCGAACGAGCGGCGGGAAAGAACGAAGGGCUGAAAGAAGCGCGCAGAGAGAGGGAGUCUCCCCCCAUCUCCCCCUCCCUCCCCAAAAAAAGAAGAAAGGAUCCUGUCUCGUUGAAGGGAUAGUCGGGAUGCGUUCAGUCCGUCCACGUUCGCCGUCGGGAACGCAACCGGAAGACCGAUUUUCCCCCGCGAGGAACUGCUUCUUCCUAUUCCCGACAGGAACUGUGAACGGAAACUUCCUCCUCGUCGAACUAAACGACACGUCUUCCGCGGUUGCACCCGAAUUCCCGAAGAUCUCAGUUAAAACCGUCUCGCGACUUCGAACCACUUGUUGUGAAUACCGCGAAUCUCUGCCGAACGAUUCCGAGUGAGUGAGCUUUGGAGCAAAUUUUAUCUUCAAGAAGACAAAAUCGUCGCGAACGAGAAACGAUGAUCUACCGCGAUAAGAGGAUCCUCGGGAUUUUUGUCUUGCUCAACGUAGUCGCAGAGUUGCCGGCGAAUCAGACGGAUUCGCCAAAAACGGAUGUGGUCGAAGAGACGGAAGAAAUUACUACCAAAAGGAUUUUGCCCGACAGAUGUCUUUUCAAGACAGAAUCGGGACCCUGCAAGAACUACGUUCACAAAUGGACCUUCAACAAGGCCGAAGGAAAGUGCCGAACUUUUCCGUACGGCGGUUGUAUGGGAAAUGAAAAUCGGUUUAACUCGGAAGCGGAGUGUCUAUAUUAUUGCAUCGGUGGUGCCGAUCAUACGCUACCGCCUCAUGUAACAAAGAGUAACGUAUUUGUCACAACGAGCACCACGACAACGAGCACUCCACCAUCCUCAACCACCACACCACGACCGACAUUUACACCCCCGAAACCGACGAAACCGCCAGUACCGAGGCAUCUACGAGGAAAGGAGUUGACUUUUAUGGAAUCUGGUCACGAUAAAACAUUUAUGUUCGCACAAAGUAAUACUUUCAUCCAGCUCGAUGGCCCUGGCAUUAAAACUUUCCAAUUGAGAUUAUGUCGCGAGAUAUCUUUCAAGUUUCGCACCAAGCUUCCACACGGUUUACUAGUUUAUCACAGUGUCAAAGAUCGUCCAGAGGGCCUCCAGCCUUACGCCCUUUAUGUGAUAGUAGAGAAGGGUCAGCUGAAAGUUGUUCAUGUAUUCGGCAAGCAAUCGACUAGCUUAACAGUCGGCCAAGGGCUCAACAGAGACGAGUGGCAUAGCGUUCUCGUGAGGAUCGACGUGCACGGGGCAAAGUUAAUCGCUAAAGUCGACGAUAAGCAGGCCGAGACUACUCUGAAAGUUUUAAAAAGCGAGAAGCUAAGAAAUUAUGGGGUAUCCGAAGAACUGGCCUCGGUCGUUCUUAUCGGAGGACUGAGUUCCGAAGAACGAUUACACGGGGUGAAGUACAUAAUAGAAUCCUUUGUCGGUUGCAUCAGGGAUAUGGUUCUGAGUUCCGGAAAAUCCGCCAGCGAUUUGCUGCCCAUUCGGCCAUUAAUCGCGACCAAGCACGAGAAUGUUAAGGAAGGAUGCAUCGAUAAGUGCAGAACACAAGAGAACUUGUGCUUCGUCCCCGAUCAAUGUGUGAAUCACUACAAUAGUCUGACGUGCGACUGUUUCGGCACGAAUUACGAAGGCGAACGUUGCGAUGUAUACACCGCCACUAUACUGACGCUGAGAGGCUCCUCGUACGUGUCGUUCCGCGUGUACGAUUGGAAGGAUCGUGUUCACUCGUCUGUCAACAGGAUCAGCCUCGCUUUUAAGACAAAAUGGGACGAUUCCGCCUUAUUUUACGCUUCCGGUGAAAUCGACGGCACGCCGCACUACAUCGCGGCUUCCAUUGUAAAUGCAUCAGUUCACGUUGUACUCGAUUUCGGGCAUAAUUCGAAGAUCUCCACCACGUUGGGCAGUGACGUCACGUCCGAUCAUUGGAACAACUUGACCAUAUUCCAUAACGGGUCUACCGUCUUCGUCAGCUUAGACGACGAGAAGAAGGUACUGGAAGUACCGGGAGAAAAUUGGGAUAUAAUCAUCGAUCCGGAGAUAUACAUCGGCGGUGGUCCAGAACUCCACAAGAAGAAGGGUCUUUUGUCGCACAAUAAUUUUGCAGGUUCCUUGAAGUACGUGUUCUUCAACGACAAGUCGAUUAUAUACGAAUUGAAGCGCUCCAACCCUAUGGUGCACUACAUUGGUGUGCUGGAGCCGGAAUAUUACGAAGCCAACGUCGAAGUCAUUCCGAUCACAUAUCCCUUCGCGGGAAGCCACAUCUGGUGGCCGAUCGAGCGAACCGAUUCGUUGAAGUUGAACUUCGACUUUAAAAGUUCAAAGCCAAUUGCGAUUGUCGCUUCCGGAAAUGUAAAGAGCAACCUCGGUGUUGGUUACUGGGAGUUACGUCAAGUCAAUGACGAAAUUCGUUUCCAAUUGGUACCAGUUAUAACGGAGAACAUCACGGUGUCAACUUCGGUGAAGUUUCCGCCUUACAACACUUCCUGGCACGCGGUUGAGCUUAAUUACACAAAGGGCGAAAUCAACAUUCUUCUCGAUUACAGGAUUAAGCAGCACAAGGCCCUCACUACGUUUGAGUUGGAUGAUAAAGUUAUCAUAGGAAGUGGUAAAAGUAACGCGGGUCUAGUAGGAUGUAUGCGCGAGAUACGAGUAAACAAUCAAAGAAUCGAACCUAGGCAGGUAAUUAACACCGACAGAGUGGUCGGAGAAGUCGCUUUAGACAAUUGUCAAUUUGUGGAUCCGUGCAAAAGGCCGAACACUUGCGAACAUGGCGGUAAAUGUUCGGUCAAAGAAGACAGGAUCACGUGUGAUUGCACAGACACUGGAUAUAUAGGAAAGAACUGCCACUUUGCACAAUACAGAAAAACAUGUGAAGAGUUAGCUCUUCUGGGGUACACGCAAGACGAUGUUUAUAAAAUCGACAUCGAUGGAAACGGUAAAUUCCCGCCAGCUUUAGUAAAGUGCGAAUUCCAAUCGAUCGAAGAUUCAACUAAAACAAUCGUUGAGCACAAUUUACCCUCCCAAGUGGACGUGAGAUCUAUCACUGAAAAUGACUUUUCCUUCAACAUCAAGUAUAGACAGUUCACCGCCGAAAUGCUUCAGGAGCUGAUCUCGCAUUCGCUUUAUUGCAGUCAAUAUGUAAAGUAUGACUGUUACAAGGCACCCUUGGAGCUGCACAGCGCCACGUGGUUUCUGGGCUCCAAAAAUACCACCGUCGAUUACAUUGGAAACGUGAAUCGCGGAUCCUGCCCUUGCGGAAUGAACAGAACAUGCGUGAACUCCAACUUGAGCUGUAACUGCGACGUGUCCGCCGGAAACGCCGGAAAGUGGCUCUCAGAUGAGGGACACUACGAAACACCUGAUUCCUUAGGCAUUACCGGAAUGGUAUUCUUGCAACAGAGAGAUCUCGAUGAAGAUGCUCGGGGACGUAUCACUUUAGGGCCAUUGGAAUGCGUUGAAACGAAUACACAGAAAUACGUGGUAACGUUCACGACAUCGCAAUCGUAUAUCGAAGUACCUGGUUGGAGGAAAGGUGAUAUAGCCUUCAGCUUUCGAACGACAGGCGAGAAAGCUAUUCUUCUGUAUCAACCGCCGAUUCGGAGCAACUAUCCCUCCUUCAUGGUCGCUCUAACGUCAGAAUAUCGGCUGACUUUUAAUUUCACCCUAAAUACCGGUACCAAUCGCGAAUUACAAGUGGAUAGCCGACGAAAACUGAAUAAUGGCGAGUGGCAGAAGAUUUGGAUCGACUACAACGACUAUCACGUAAGAUUUAUGAUCAACACUGACUUUCGAAUGGCGGAUUUGCUUCCCGAAGAAGAAUUCGGACCCUUCGAGGGAUCCAUGUUCAUCGGCGGUGCUACUGCAGAGCACUCGAAGACUUCCUCCGUUCAACAAGGUCUAAUCGGCUGCUUUCGUGGUCUCGUUGUCAACGGAGAAAUAUUAGACAUCCAUAGUUAUAUGUCGGUACAUCUGUCGGAAAUCAUCAAAGACUGCAAGCCUUCGUGUCAACCUAAUAAGUGCCAGAACGGCGCUAGAUGUGUCGAGUUGUGGAGUAAUUUCGAAUGCGUGUGCGAAAAUCAAUGGGCACACAUAGGCACUUAUUGCGAGACAAAUAUCAACGACAGAGCUCUGACGUUCACCUCACCUGGAGCAUUCUUGAGAAAGAAUUACUUUGGAUCAGACGACAACGAGGAGAAAUCACAACUGAAAAGCAUGCUACAGGAAAAUAUUUUAAUUAAUUUAAGAACUUACGAUACUUAUUCUCUGAUACUGUAUGCAAACGAUCAUUUGAACAAUUUUGCGCAUCUCUACAUCUCAAACGGUACCAACAUCGUAUACCUUUUCAAUGCUGGCAACGAGAUAAAAAAUAUCACUGUGGAAAAUCCUAAUGUCAACACGGGAAUCUCCAUACAGAUCGCUAUAAUUCGAGACAAGAAUUGGACUACAUUAUAUGUGAACGAAUAUAACGUCACAUUAAAUGCAACACCAGUAUUUCUGAACACGUAUUCAAAUCAACCUUGGACAAAUCCAGAGAAAGAAGUUCUUGCGCCGCAACGGCCGCCGGCACCUCCUGCCGAUUAUUUCCAAGUAAAUUUAGGAGGAUUCGAUUCCAAUCUGCUCAGAGUCGGAAAAGAAGGAGCCUUAAUUCAAGGUUACAUUGGUUGCUUACGAGGACUAAUGAUCGGCAAGUAUCGCAUCGAUCUACCGAGUUUAGCCAGCGAAGCGAAUCAUGAAGGGAGUAAAGGUGUUCUACCGAAUUGUCAAAUGAAAUGCGACAUGAUGCCUUGCAAAAAUUUAGGAAUCUGCACGGAAGAUUUCGGUAGACAGGAGUCUUCCUGUAAUUGCGAGCUGACGUCUUACUUUGGCGAACAUUGUGCCGAUGAAAAGGGCGCCGAUUUCAGUGGGGAAAGUGUACUUCAGCGCGAAUUCGAAUUGGAGGGCGAAGUGAAUCAGGUGAAAGUACAGCUGGCAUUCUCAACGAACGAACUACGACAGCGAACCACCGCGUUGCUGCUGGUACAGACCGACAACAAAAGAAGCUAUUACUUAUUGGUGGCCUUGACGUCCGAGGGGCAACUCAUCUUCGAAGAAGACAGGGAUGGUUCCGCGGCUGGAGUGCGCCUGAGCGAUCGGAAUUUCCUGAAUGGUGCACGUCACAGCGUCUACUAUGUUCGCGAUAACAACACGGCCAUCCUCUUAAUCGACCGUGAGCCCGUCCAAUUGCUACCAAUUCCGGGAAUACCGAUGCAAGACGAGGACGAAACUCCGGGUGCCACAGAGAUACAGCUUGGUGGAUUGAACACCACCGAUUCGCGAUUUACCGCCUAUAAAGGAUACACCGGCUGCCUUAGCAACGUCGUGAUAUCGAUCAAUGGAGGCACCGACAUGAAACCGCUAGAAGAAUAUAUGCUCUUUACAAAACAGGGCAGUGAGACCGUGCGGGCGACGAUACCCGCCGGCGUUAGAAGUGCUCAAUGUGCGGUCUUCCAUGUUCAACCAGGCGGUUUUGAACCACCUAAGAACGACAGCGUGGGCCGUGACAAAGCGUGGGUCGAGGAUCCGCCGGAAAAAAUCCUUUACAAAUCGCAGUAUUCGGACGCUACUCAGGAGGAGCAGGGUGCGGGAACAUACAUCUUCAUAGCCCUGUGCUGCGUCUUCGUGGCCGCGGUGCUCGGUUGUAUUUACGAGGUGUGGCGAAGCGCACGCAAGGAUCGUCAACGACGACGCGACGAGGCCUCGGAAGCGGUUGCGACCACCGCUUCCGAUCCGCACAGAUGGCAGCCGCAGUACACGGAAUCCCUGGUCACUGCGAGCGGCGUGAAAACGGUCGGCUUCAAAAACGUGAUGGACGACGACAAGAGGCCGAAUGGGACUCACGUGAAAGUGUCCAAUGCCAAAGAAUACAAAUCACUGCCGAAUACGGAACCGAAGGACUUAAUGAACGAUAAAAAAGUUCACAUAAAAGCAGACGAAGAACCAGAGAAAAAGGAGCUCCUAGGGGUAAAUACAGGCACCGUCAUUAAACCUGUGAAACCAAACCCAUUCUCAAUGGAAGAUCUGAGAGAGGAACCCGAGCUGGAAGAACGCGAGGAAGAAGAGGAGGAGGAAGAAGAGGAAGAGGACACUCAGGAGUCGGAGGCAGCAGCAGAGGACAAAGAGCAACCGCAUCAGCAAGAGGAGCAAAAGGAUGCGAGUAACGAUCAAGAUGACGAGCUUCUCGUUAUGCCGGUAAGAAACAAGACGGCAAGAAGAGCUUCCUUGACUGACGAAUUGGACCCAGACGAAACGGAGGCCUUGCUCGAGACGAACUUUUCCGUGACAGGUUUGAAUGAGAUCAAAACCGAGCGCGUAAUACUGAGAGCAAGUGACACCACGAAAAGCGCAGUGCCGAAGAGACCGAUGAGUCUCGCUCUCAACGCGCCGCUCAGAAAACUGCGCGGUGUAGUUCGGCCCGAGAAGGUCACGGUGAAGUUGAUCAAUGGUGACGAAGUGAGUCUCCAGUCUCAAGGCAGAGGCUACGUCGGCGUCGCCGAUCGCGCUUAAUCAAAUCGACACAAACAAUUUAUCAAAUUGACGACAAUAAUUGAGUUCCCAAAAGUAGUCGCGCGUUUUUCGACUAUUAUAAAUAUCGCGUGAAGCGAUCUUAAAGCGCUCUUAAACGACAAUCACGUAUAACUUAUUAAUAUAAAUAUAAAACAUACAAUAUAAAUUUUAAGAUAAUAUACAAUUUAGCUGUAGUAUGAGAGUAGCAAGAUAGCUUUUUAGACAAUAACAUAAAUCUAUACUGUGGUGACUUUUUUUAGUUAAUUACGUGGCAUCGGAUAUAAUUAGAUAUAUUCUAAAAAUACAAUAUACGAAUUUUUAAUCAAUGAAAUCUUAUUUUAUUUUAAAAGAUUAUUUUAAGACUCUAGUGCCUCUAAAAUAACUUGAUAACAAGAUAAAAGUAACAUUGAGAGUAAAUUUUCAACGAAUACGUAUGACAUAAGACGAUAACCCAUAUGUAUAUUCAAGAUAAAGAAUCACGUAGUUUUAUUUUUAAUUUUUUUUUAAGGAGAUAACGAGCUAAAAGUAACAUACCCAUAUAUUCGAGAUAAAGAAUCACGUAGUUUUAUCUUUAAGAUAUUUAUGUGUAAUUUUUCAUUUUUUUCGUUUUUGCAACAAAUUCCUGUGUCCCGAAAAUACAUUUUAUGUCUAUUUGAAUCUUGUGAAAGGGUUUUCAAUUCCGUUCUGUCAUUUUGGAGAAAUCUCUACGAUUGCAAUGUGUUGAUAAUUCCGAUCUUCCAGCAUCGCCUUAAAAUAAUCUUUUAAAAUAAAAUAUUAUUUUAUUGAUUAAAUAUUCGUAUAUUUUUAAAAUAUAUCUGAUUAUAUCUGAUAUGCCACGCAAUUAACUAAAAAAAGUCACCAUAGCAUAAUUAUGUUAUUGUCAUCGACCGCAGUGUACACUAAAAAGAUAAAACUAUUCAGAUAUUAAUAAAAUUCUGAACAAAUAUCACGAAUUUGAAGUCUUUAAGAACUUAGAGAUAUAAUAAUUCUAAUGGUUUGCUUUACGUGUACACUCGCGAGUCUGUUUUAGUUUGAUUUCGCUGCUUCGUGCAAUCGUACAAAAUGUGGCGUUUGUGUGCUUUUGGUGGCGAUCACACAAAAUAAUCAUGCGAUAUACAUAUAUGCCUGAUAUAUUAAAGUCUAAGGUAUUCAAAUCGGAUUUUAGAUAAUUCGGAUUUUCGCGAUAUGCUUUGUGAAUUUUAAUUGUAUCGCAAAAAUUCGAAUCAUCUAAAAUCCGAUUUGAAUACUUUCGACUUUAAUAUAUCAGGCAUACUUUCAGCACAGGGAUUGGUCUAAUGUUGAGGAGAGUGUUAUACCGUUAGAUUCCAUUUUAAAACAUG